AUAAAUGCGGAAAAUUAUGAAGACGAUGAAUUGCUGACUGCUAUUCGUAAAGAUCGGAAUUACACAUUUGAAGAUGAAAUAACUUGUUCUAAGUCAUGUUUACCAGAUUUUGAAAGUAAGCUGAGAUCGUUCUACACCGAGCAUUUACAUACGGAUGAAGAAAUUCGACUGGUUUUGGAUGGUUCUGGAUAUUUCGAUGUCAGAGAUGCAAAAGAUGAUUGGAUUCGCAUCGCUGUUAGCAAAGGAGACUUAAUAAUCAUACCAGCCGGCAUAUAUCAUCGAUUUACCUUAGAUAUGGAGAACUAUAUCAAGGCAAAACGAUAUUUUGUGGGUGAACCAAUUUGGCAACCAUACAAUCGACCAUCUGAUAAUAUGGAAUGUCGUCAAAAAUAUUUAAGUCAUCAAGCAAACGGAUUUGGACCAAUUACUAAUAUUGAAUAAAUUGAUGAGUUAUUUUAUAUUUAGUUUUUUUUUCAACAUCAAAUAAACAGUUCAACUUUAAAAACAUAAAUAGUAUGAAUAUGAAAUAAUGCAUUUACUUUUUGCUCCAAAUAAAAUUCACAUAAUUUUCUUUGUACUUAUAAAA